AUGCCUGACGAGUUCCUUGCCAGCAACCCCCCCCCGCUCUGGAUCACGCUUUACCACAUCGUCACCCGCCUCCCUGACUCUCUGCGCGCAGUCAGGGAUCACUUCCUCGCUCGCUCUCCCACUGAGCUCACCAUUGCCCUCCUCGAGAAGGAAUUGCUUGCAGCUGAGGCGAGCAUCGUCGCUGUAGGCACCUCUCGUGGCGACCCCCGCACCCCGUUCUUUGAGGGGUGUUCCCCUUCCCCUCUCCUCCCCUCUGUCGCCUCUGCUGCUGCUGUCGACCUCCUUGGUGCUGAGAAGGUCGGGGCUGCGUCUGCUCCGAGCGGGCGCCGCAGGGGCAAAGGGGGCAAGGGUGGAGGUGGUGGCGGGGGAGGCGGGAGUGGUGGCGGUGGGGGUGGCGGUGGGACUGGAGAGGCUAGUGGCGGCAGUGGGGGUGGUGACAGCAGCGGCGGGAGCGGUGGCAGGGGCGGAGGCGGCAGCGGAGGCGGAGGUGGUCGUGGCGGCGGCAGGGGUGGAGGUGGCCGGGGCGGUGGCGGCGGCGGUGGCGGUGGUGGUCGUGGAGGCGCUGGCGGUGGACAGAGUCAGCAGCCCGCCCCGUCGCUUCAGGCCGCCCGUGAGUGGUAUGCGCAGCGUGGCUUUACCUGCACGUAUUUUCCUGAUGCCACUGACCUGCCCCACUGGGCUGAUCUGGAGAAGAAGGGAGUUGAUAUCUGGGCUUUAGACUUUGAUGCUAUUCUCACUGCCAUGUAUGCGAUGUUUACUAGUGGAGAGGGUGCUCAGUACUUGCGUGUUCCGCCCGACCCGGGCAUUCUGCCCAGUCCGGCCGCCGCUCUAGGUGCUAGUGAGUCUGCUGCCCCAGGUCCUGGUGAGGCUGCUGCUCUAGGUGCUAGUGAGUCCGUCCCCCCUGGUACUGAGUCGACUGCAGCACUGCACACCUUCACCCUGGACUCAGGUGCUUCUCGCUGUUUCUUUCGUGACCGCACUGUCCUUGAGCCUCUUGCUCGGCCAGUUGCUGUCUCCCUCGCUGACCCCUCUGGGGGUCCGGUCGUUGCGACCUCCUCUACUGUCCUUCCUUGUCUUGCGGUCCCGUCAGGCACACUGUCAGGCCUCUACCUCCCCUCGUUCUCUACGAACUUGGUGGCAGGUAGUGCGCUCCAGGACGGGGGUGUUCACCAGUUCACCCUUGCCUACGAGCGCGUGACACACUGCACGUGUGCUCGGACGGGCCGUCACCUGGCUACCUUCACUCGGCAGCCGGGGUCGGACCUGUACACACUGACCACUGAGUCCCCUCAGGUAGCUGCGUCCGCGUCUGCGUCUGCGUCAGGUCAGCUGUCCGCCCCCUGCUCGUGUCGCUCUCUAGCGCAUGAGACUGUCCUCUGGCACCACCGCCUUGGUCACCCGUCUGUGCAGCGCCUUCGGGCCAUGCACAAACGGGACCUUGUUGCUGGUCUUCCCAGGGUUCUCCCUCCCCUCCCACCCUCGCCUGCUCCUCCCUGUCUUCCCUGUGUCGAGGGGCGGCAGCGCGCCGCUCCUCACUCCUCCUCCUUCCCCCCGACGACUGCUCCUUUGCAGACGCUCCACAUGGACGUGUGGGGCCCAGCCCGCGUCCGUGGUCAGGGUCAGGAGAGGUACUUCCUGAUUGUUGUUGACGACUUCUCGCGCUACACCACGGUCUUCCCCUUGCGCACCAAGGGUGACGUCCCUGAUGUCUUGAUCCCUUGGAUCCGCAGAUCUCGUCUCCAGCUCCGUGAGCGUUUCCGCUCCGACUUCCCUGUCCUCCGUCUGCACUCUGACAGAGGUGGGGAGUUUUCCUCUGGCCUCUUGGAGGCCUUCUGUCAGCAGGAGGGCAUUGAGCAGUCGUUCACGCUUCCGGCCUCUCCACAGCAGAAUGGGGUUGCUGAGCGCCGCAUUGGCUUGGUCAUGGAGGUCGCUCGUACCUCCCUGGUUCAUGCGGCUGCCCCCCACUUUCUGUGGCCGUUUGCAGUCCGAUACGCUGCGCAUCAGCUCAACCUCUGGCCCCGUGUCUCCUUACCGGAGACUUCUCCGACACUGCGUUGGACGGGAGAGGCUGGCGAUGCGUCGCGUUUUCGGGUCUGGGGAUCUCGAGCUUUUGUUCGCGAUACGUCCGCGGACAAGCUCUCCCGUCGCGCUGUUCCUUGUGUCUUCCUUGGCUUUGUCCCGGACGCGCCUGGUUGGCAGUUCUACCACGCCACCUCGCGUCGUGUCCUGGCCUCUCAGGACGUCACUUUUGACGAGUCCGUCCCCUACUACCGCCUCUUCCCCUACCGCACUGCCCCGCUCCCCCCCCCGCCUCUCUUCCUCGCUCCAGGUGCUGAGGUACCAGACCCCCUCCCCCCUCAGGGUGCCGCUCCCUCAGGUGUGUCCCAGGUAGACCCGGUUGAGCCUGUCGAGGUAGCUGUUGACUCUCGUCCUGCUGGGGGUGCUGAGCCUGACCGUGAGGAGUCUGAGGGUACUGAGCCUGGGGGUGCGGAGCCUGGGGGUGCCGAGGAGCUGAAUGUGCAACUGAAUGUGCGCGAAUUUCCAGAUUGGGGUAACGGAAUGGAGGACCCGCCGCGUCGAAAUCAGCACGCCAGCGAAGAUGGCACAUCAGCAUGCGAGUGCGACGCGUCACCACGAGAGAACGAGCCGUGGCGAGUGCAAGCGGCAGGCAACCAGGCCGGCCGUCGCUCGCCGUGCGUCCUUUCCCCCGCGCGCUCGCCCAAGGCCCGCCGAGCCCAGCAGGCCCAGCGGCACGCGGGGCUGCGGGUUCGUGACAACGAGGGCGCCGCCGCCGCGGCAGCGCGCGCGGACAUCGACGCGGCGGGUGGCGCGGAGCUUAUUGGCAGCAGGGGCGACUGCGGUUGCGACUCGGGGACCGCGCGGCAGGCGGACGGGCAGGCGCCGCACCCUGAUGCGGCGCGUCGCGGCGCGUGCGCGUGUCGCUUCUGCAGCUGGCGGUUCGACUCGGACGACGAGUCGGACUGCGAGCGCCCCUGCACCGCGCAGGACUCGCCGCGCUUCCGCCCGCAUCCCGUGCAGAGCGCGUGGCAGGGGGCUGCGGAAACAGGCGUGCGGGGAGCGGCGCUGGGGGGAGCAGGGCUGAGGGGAACGGCGGUGGGGGGAAAGACAGGUGGCGGAGGGAGGGCGGAGGGCGGAGGGGCAGUGUUCCGCCCACCCCCAGGGUUUCGGCUGGGCGAGCCGGCAGCGUGUCACGUGGUGGCGGCACCGUCACACGACGGGCUCACAGCGCGCCUGCUGCUCGCCACCUCGCGCUCCCACGCCGCCUUCUGCUGCUGGGACCUCCUCUCUUCGCGCCUCGUCUCCUGCUUCCCCCCUCCCACCCCCACUGUCUCGCCCUCGCCCUCACCUGCGCACUCACCUGCGUCCUCACCCCCAAAUGGGCGCGCUCCCUUUGACAUACGCACUGCUGCCAUGGGCGAUGGUGGUGCUGCCACCCCGGCCACCGGCAUUCACACGUGCCGUGAAGCCCUUGCCACUUCACCACCGCCCCACACGCCACUUCUCCCCCUGUCCCCCGUCCUUCCUGCCUCCCCUGCCCCCACUGCUUGCACCGCUGCCGAUGCGCCUAAGCCGGCAGCCACACAAGGCACUCAAGGCACUCAAGGCGGGGCAGUGGGCGCACCCCAAGCACGGCUCUCGCCCACGCUCUCACCUCCCUUCCCUGACGCCCCUCGCCAUGCCAGCGCGCUAGCAGCGUUGCCCUGUACAGCGGAAGCGAGACACGGGUGUAGCAGGCAGGCGUCAGAGCAUGGCGCACUGCCAGUGGCAGGCCGCGCGGCACUCGCAGGCAGUGCGGUGGAGCGGAGCAGCACGGGGUGUGCAGGUGCAGGCGAGCAUGCGCAGAGGUGUGCAGCAGAGGAGCGCAGUCUUGAGUUGCACUCACGCGCGUCACACCACUGCUGCCCACUGCAACCAGCACCCAUGCACCACCGCCUCGCACCGCCGCACACCGCUGCUGCACCGGGCGGCAAAGUGCCGCUCACUCCACCCGCCUCUGAAACCCCCUCGCUCACUCCGCCAACCCCCCAACCCGCCUCCCUCCCCGCCCCAUCUCCACACCCGUCCCCACUCCCCUCCCCGCCCAACCCGCCCGCCCACCCCCCGCCGCCCGCACCGCCAUCGUGGAAGCACCUCUUGCCGCCCGAGUGGCACGCGGCGCCGUGCGGGGCAUCGCUGGCGAUGGUGCAGGCGGGCGGCAGCGACGUGCGCAUCUGGGACGUGCGGGACGGUGGCGUGGCGGUGGGCAUGCAGACGGAGGGCGCGGUGCAGCGCAUGGCGUGCUGUGCGCCGCUGCUGUGGCUGGACGAGGAGCGGCUGGUGGUGGUGGAGGAGGGUGGCAGCGUGGGGCUGUGGCACGUGGCGGGCGGCGAGGCCGUGCUGUUCCACCACGUGCAGCUCAUGGACCCGUGGGGCGAGGCUGAGCGCGUGUGUGCCGUUGCUGUCAUGCCGGGGCGGCGCUGCAACAAGCGCCUCUUCCCCUCGCUGUCAGUGCUGCUGCUUGCGACUCGUUGCGCUGUGUCGUUACAGUUUUUGCCAGACAUCCGUUUUUUUUCCUUUUCUCACUGCAUGCUCUUCCUGUGCUGUUCUCCCAUGGGCGUGUGUGCUAUGGCAACACCCACGGCACGGCAGGAGGGCGAGGGGGUGACGUGUGCAGUGGCAUCAGAGAGUGCGGUGUACCUGUGUGACUGGAGCACCCCGGCUGUCAUCCUCCACCGCAUCCCCUCCUCCCACGCCCGCCCACCAGGUCAAACCCUCUUCUCCCCUCGCCUGCUGCAUGUGCAUGGAUGCAGCAUGUUCGUGGACGGUGCAUGUGCAUGUAUGCUGCGCAUGCAAUGA